GGCGUCCUUAGUUACAAGCUGCCGGGGCUCGGUCAUCAUGGGGCAGGAUUAUUACUCGGUGCUGGAGAUAACCCGCAGCGCCGGGGAUGCGGAGAUUAAAAAAGCGUACCGGAGGUUGGCGUUGAAGUACCAUCCGCUGAAAAACAAGGAGCCCUCCGCCCCGCACCGAUUCCGGCAGAUCGCCGAGGCCUACGAUGUCCUCAGUGACCUUCGAAAGAAGGCGACGUAUGAUAAGUUCGGAGAGGAGGGUCUGAAAGGUGGGAUCCCGGCUGAGUUUGGGGGUCCGGACGCCUGGACCUCAGGUUACGUGUAUCAUGGGAACCCCUACAAGACCUUCAAGGAGUUUUUCGGGGGCGAUAAUCCAUUCGCAGAUUUCUUCACCCCAGACGGUUCUGAAGUGAACACGGGAUUUGGGGGUCUGCGAGGAAGAGGAGUCAGGAAGCAGGACCCCCCGAUCGAGCGCGAUCUCUUCCUGUCUCUGGAGGACUUGUAUUUUGGGUGCACAAAGAAGAUCAGAAUUUCCCGCAGGGUGAUGAAUGAAGACGGCCACACGUCCAGUAUACGGGAUAAGAUCCUCUCUAUAGACGCCCACCCCGGCUGGAAAGCGGGCACCAGGAUCACGUUUCCCACUGAGGGCGACCAGGGGCCCAACAUCAUCCCGGCAGACGUAGUCUUCAUCUUGAAGGAGAAGCCCCACCCCCGCUUUGUAAGACAAGGGGACGACCUGAUCUACACCGCGAACAUCGAACUUGGCAAGGCUCUGAUCGGCUGCACUGUGGAAGUGGAAACACUGGAUGAAAGGAUCUUGAAUAUUCCCAUCAAUGACAUUGUACACCCCAAAUACAGUAAAGUUGUCCCCGGGGAGGGGAUGCGGACGGCCGGAGACAUCACAGUGAGGGGCGACCUCAUCGUCCAGUUUGAUAUCCAGUUCCCAGAACAUCUGACUCCACAGAAGAAGCAGCUGCUCCGGAAAGCCCUCCUGUCCUGACCCGCGUGAUACAUGUAUCCCAGCCACGUAUCCGAUCUUCACCAGUGUAUUGUGUGGACUCUGAUAAUAAAGAGA